AACUCACUUUGCUUCCUUAUAAUUCACAACCUACAAUAAAACUCAUUAAUAUCAACAAGAACUUGCAAAGAUGUUUGGUCUCUUCGACAAGAGCCAGAAGAUAAAGGGCACUGUGGUGUUGAUGCCAAAGAAUGUGUUGGAUGCUAACGAUUUAACCUCAGUGCAGAACGGAGGUCUUGGUAGUGUUGUCUCUGGUUUCUUCGACGCCGUGGGCGACGUUGCAGGACAAGUAGUUGAUUCUGCAACUGCCAUCUUAUCCCGUAAUGUCUCCUUCAAGUUGAUCAGUGCUACCUCCACUGAUGCAAACGGAAACGGGAAAGUUGGCAAGGAAACGUAUCUAGAGAAGUAUCUUCCAACGUUACCAACGUUCGGAGAUAGACGAGAUGCAUUCGCUGUUCGUUUUGAAUGGGAUGCUAAUUUCGGAAUUCCAGGAGCAUUUUACAUCAGAAACUUUAUGAAUGAUGAGUUCUUCCUCGUCAGUGUCACUCUUGAGGACAUUCCAAAUCACGGAAGCAUUCACUUUGUCUGCAACUCCUGGAUCUACAACUUCAAAACCUACAAAAAGGAUCGUAUUUUCUUUGCAAACAAUACAUAUGUUACAAGUGCAACACCAGCUCCACUAGUUAAGUACAGGAAAGAAGAGUUGGAGGUUUUAAGAGGAGAUGGAACGGGAGAACGCAAGGAAUGGGAAAGGGUUUAUGAUUAUGAUGUGUACAAUGAUUUGGGCAACCCAGAUAGUGAUACAAAUCUUGCUCGUCCAGUUCUUGGAGGCUCCACCACCUAUCCCUACCCUCGUAGGGUUAGAACUGGUAGAAAACCCACCAAGAAAGAUCCUAAAACUGAGAAACUUGCAGCCGAGUUUUAUAUACCAAGAGAUGAAAAAUUCGGUCAUUUGAAGUCCUCAGAUUUCCUCACAUAUGCAUUAAAAUCCUUGUCUCAGAUGCUCUUGCCUUCACUCGAAAACGUUUUUGACUCAGAUUUGACAUGGAACGAGUUUGAUAGCUUUCAAGAAGUGCGUGAUUUGUAUGAAGGUGGAAUUAAGCUACCAACAGGUGUACUUAGCGACAUUAGUCCCUUACCAGUCUUCAAGGAAAUUUUCAGAUCUGAUGGUGAAAAUGUCCUUCAGCUUCCACCACCUCAUGUUAUCAGAGUGAAUAAAUCUGCAUGGAUGAGUGACGAGGAAUUUGCAAGGGAAAUGAUUGCUGGUGUAAACCCAAAUGUCAUUCGUUGUCUUCAAGAGUUCCCUCCAAAAAGCAAGCUAGAUCCCACUCUAUAUGGUGAUCAAACUAGUACUGUAACAAAAGAAAAGUUGGAGAUUAACAUGGGUGGGGUCACAGUGGAAGAGGCACUUGCUGCUAAGAGAUUGUUCAUAUUAGAUUACCAUGAUGCAUUCAUUCCUUAUUUGACGAGGAUAAACCGUUUACAAACUGCAAAAGCUUAUGCCACAAGAACGAUCCUAUUCUUGAAAGAUGAUGGCACUUUGAAGCCACUUGUUAUCGAAUUAAGCAAGCCACAUCCAAGUGGAGAUAAUUUGGGUCCUGUGAGCAAGGUUGUGUUGCCUGCAACUGAUGGUGUUGACAGCACAAUUUGGCUAUUGGCCAAGGCUUAUGUAAUUGUAAAUGACUCUGGUUAUCAUCAGCUCGUAAGUCAUUGGUUAAAUACUCAUGCAGUGAUAGAGCCAUUUGCAAUAGCAACAAACAGGAAUCUGAGUGUGAUUCACCCUAUUUAUAAGCUUCUUUAUCCUCACUACCGUGAUACCAUAAAUAUCAAUGCACUUGCUAGACGAAACCUGAUUAAUGCAAAUGGCAUUAUAGAACAAUCAUUUUUGCCAGGAAGGUAUUCUCUGGAGAUCUCUUCAGUUGUUUACAAGAAUUGGGUUUUCACUGAACAAUCCUUGCCAGCUGAUCUCAUCAAGAGAGGAUUGGCUACUGAAGAUUCUUCUGCACCUCAUGGCCUUCGUCUUCUGAUAAAGGACUACCCUUAUGCUGUUGAUGGACUUGAAAUAUGGGAUGCUAUUAAGACAUGGGUUAAAGAGUAUGUGUCCUUGUAUUACCCUACAGAUGUGGCAGUUCAACAAGAUACUGAACUUCAAGCAUGGUGGAAGGAAGCUGUGGAGAAGGGUCAUGCAGACCUAAAAGAUAAACCAUGGUGGCCUAAAAUGAAAACCAUUGAAGAUCUCAUCAAAUCAUGCUCUAUUAUUAUAUGGACUGCUUCAGCUCUUCAUGCAGCAGUUAACUUUGGACAAUACCCUUAUGGAGGUUUUAUUCUGAACCGUCCAACUCUGAGCAGAAGAUUCAUCCCUGAGCCAGGAACCAAAGAGUAUGAUGAGAUGGUGAAGAGUCCUCAAACUGCGUAUUUGAGAACGAUUACACCGAAGCGUGAGGCCAUUAUUGAUCUCACAGUGAUAGAGAUAUUGUCAAGGCAUGCUUCUGAUGAGAUCUACCUUGGAAAAAGAGAUAAUCCAAAUUGGACAUCUGAUUCAAAGGCAUUGGAAGCGUUCAAAAAGUUUGGAAGCAAGUUGACAGAGAUUGAAGCGAAAAUCACAGCAAGGAACACCGAUUCAACCAUGAAAAACCGAUCUGGACCAGUUGAACUUCCCUACACAUUGCUCAUUCCUUCAAGUGAGCAAGGGUUGACUUUCAGAGGAAUCCCUAACAGCAUCUCUACAGAAGGAGCAAAAAUGUUUGGAAUCGGCAACAAGAAACACAAGAUCAAGGGGACUGUGGUGUUGAUGCCCAAGAAUGUCUUGGACUUCAACGCCAUCUCCUCCGCCGUUCCAAAGAGUGUUGGCGACGUCGUCGACGGCGCUGUUGGCGCUGUCGGCGGUAUCUUAGGCGGCGUCGUCCAUGUCGCCGGCGGAAUAAUCGACGCUGCCACCGCCUUCUUAGGGCGUAACGUUUCCAUGCAGUUGAUCAGUGCUACUCAGACUCAUGGUGGAAAAGGGAAAGUUGGAGAGGAAAAAUAUCUGAACAGUCAUCUUCCAACCUUACCAACAUUGGGAGCAAGACAAGAGGCAUUCAGUAUUUUUUUUGAAUGGGAUUCUGACUUUGGAAUUCCAGGAGCAUUUUACAUAAGAAACUUUAAGACUGAUGAGUUUUUUCUUGUUAGUGUAACUCUCGACGACAUUCCAAACCAUGGAAGCAUUCACUUUGUCUGUAACUCCUGGGUUUAUAACUUCAGAAGUUACAAAAAAGAUCGUAUUUUCUUUGUCAACAAUACAUAUCUUCCAAGUGCAACACCAGCUCCACUGGUCUGGUACAGACAAGAAGAAUUGGAGACUCUUAGAGGAGAUGGAACUGGUAGACGCAAGGAACAAGAUAGAAUCUAUGACUAUGACGUGUAUAAUGAUAUUGGAAACCCAGAUGGUGGUGAACCUCGCCCAAUCCUUGGAGGUUCUAGCAACUAUCCAUACCCUCGCAGGGUUAGAUCUGGUAGAGACAAGACCAGAAAAGACCCCAACAGUGAGAAACCGGGUGAGAUUUAUGUCCCAAGAGAUGAAAAUUUCGGUCACUUGAAGUCAUCGGAUUUUCUUACAUAUGGACUCAAAGCCCUGUCUCAGAAUGUGUUUCCUUUGUUAAAAUCUGCAAUUUUUGACUUGAGGGUCACAUCAAGUGAGUUUGAUAGCUUCGAUGAUGUGCGUAGUCUCUAUGAGGGUGGAAUUAAGCUGCCAACAGAUAUAAUCAGCCAAAUUAGUCCCUUACCAGUCAUCAAGGAAAUCUUCCGCACUGACGGUGAAAAUGUCCUUCAAUUUCCCCCACCUCAUGUAAUCAGAGUUAGCAAGUCAGCAUGGAUGACUGAUGAAGAAUUUGCAAGAGAGACGAUUGCUGGUGUAAAUCCUAAUGUCAUUAGUCGUCUACAAGAAUUUCCACCAAAAAGCUCACUUGAUCCCACAAUCUAUGGUGAUCAAACUAGUACCAUAACAAAAGAACAGUUAGAGAUUAACACGGAUGGGGUCCCAGUAGAAGAGGCACUUGCUACAAACAGAUUAUUCAUACUAGAUUACCAUGAUGCAUUCAUCCCUUUUUUGACGGGGAUAAACAACCUACCAACAUCAAAAGCGUAUGCCACAAGGACAAUCCUAUUCCUGAAAGAUGAUGGAUCUUUAAAGCCUAUUGUUAUCGAAUUAAGCAAGCCACAUCCUGGUGGCGACAAUUUAGGUGUUGUGAGCAAAGUCGUGCUACCUGCAGCAGAAGGUGUUGAAAGUACGAUUUGGCUGUUGGCCAAAGCUCAUGUAAUUGUGAAUGACUGUGGCUAUCAUCAGCUCAUAAGUCAUUGGUUAAAAACUCAUGCUGUGGUAGAGCCAUUUGCCAUAGCAACAAACAGGCAUCUCAGUGUGCUUCACCCCAUUUAUAAACUUCUUUAUCCUCACUACCGUGACACCAUAAAUAUCAAUGGCCUUGCUAGGCAAUCCCUGAUCAAUGCAGGUGGCUUUAUUGAGCAAGCAUUUUUGCCUGGAAAGUACUCUAUGGAGAUUUCAGCAGCUGUUUACAAGAAUUGGGUUUUCACUGAUCAAGCAUUACCAGCUGAUCUGGUCAAGAGGGGAUUAGCAGUUGAGGAUCCCUCUGCUCCUCAUGGCCUUCGUCUUGUGAUAAAGGACUACCCUUAUGCUGUUGAUGGACUUGAAAUAUGGGAGGCUAUUAAGGCAUGGGUCCAAGAAUAUGUGUCCUUGUAUUACCCUACAGAUGUGGCAGUUCAACAAGAUACUGAACUACAAGCAUGGUGGAAGGAAGUUGUGGAAAAGGGUCAUGGUGACUUAAAAGAUAAGCCUUGGUGGCCUAAAAUGCAUACUCCUGAAGAUCUCAUUAAAUCAUGCUCUAUCAUCAUAUGGUCAGCUUCUGCUCUUCAUGCUGCUGUUAAUUUUGGACAGUAUCCUUAUGGAGGUUACAUAGUGAACCGUCCAACUCUGAGCAGAAGAUUUAUCCCUGAACCAGGAACCAAAGAAUAUGAUGAGAUGGUGAAGAAUCCUCAAAAGGCAUAUUUGAAUACAAUCACACCUAAAUUUGAGAGCCUUGUUGACAUUUCAGUGUUGGAGAUAUUGUCAAGGCAUGCUUCCGAUGAGGUCUAUCUUGGGGAGAGGGAUAGUCCAUAUUGGACAACUGAUACAAAGGCACUAGAAGCAUUCAAAAAGUUUGGAAGCAAACUGACAGAAAUUGAAGCAAAGAUCACAGCAAGGAACAAUGAUCCAAGUCUGAGUAGCCGUCGUGGGCCAGUUGAGUUGCCAUACACCUUACUUCUUCGUUCAAGUGAAGAAGGGAUGACUUUCAGAGGAAUUCCUAACAGUAUCUCUAUCUAAAACGGAUGUGUUUUCUUUAUCCAUAUUUUGCUUUUGAAUAAGAGACAACAUGAGUCUGUGAAAUUGUUGUCUCAAUGUAUGCACUAUGCUGCUCUCCUUCAAUUUGAGUAUAUUAUAAGUGUGUUUUCACUGUCACUUCCUAUCUGGUUCAUCUUUAUGUUUAUCAGUAAUAAUGUUGAAAAGUUUCAAAUUGUUCUUUGUACUCAAAUCAAAAGAAACUUUCUUUACCA